GAGAGAGAGAAAAACAGUAAAAUACCAGCGAUACAAAAAGCAGAUUUAUUGGGAUGAGUCUUGUCCUGGAGGCAGAACUGAGCGGUUUCCGCUAGAUGGGCCAGCUGCAAAGUCAAAAUUGGCUAUAUAUUGUAAAAAUGUAUGAAAACAAACUUUACUGUAGCUUUUUGGUCUUCAUUUAAGGUUAGGUUCAGGCAUUAGGGUAAGCAGUGUGGUUAAGGUUAGGUUCAUGCAUUAGUGUUAGCAGUGUGGUUAAGUUUAGGUUGAGGCAUUAGGGUUAGCAGUGUGGUUAAGGUUAGGUUCAGGCAUUAGGGUUAGCAGUGUGGUCAAAGGUUAGGUUCAGGCAUUAGAGUUAGCAGUGUGGUUAAGGUUAGGGUUAAGGUUAUGUUUAAAAUCAGAUUUUAUGACUUUGUGACUGUGUCAGCUAGUACUCUGCAGAGCUGCCUCCAGAACAACAUUCAUGACGAAAAACGCUAACCUGCACUUACAGUAAGUCACUUAUCAACAGUGGGUAAUGGUAACCGUCAAUAAUGUUUGUUUAAUAGUGUUACCAUGGUAGUACUGCAGCACACUAUCACAACCCACCCUGGUUAUGACUUUGUUGAUAGGAGUAGAUUGUCUCGCUAUCAUUAUGGCCACUGUUUGAUAUCAGGUUAGCUGGCACCAGGAUGACAACACAUACACCGGAUAGGUGCAGUGAAAUGUGUUGUUUUACAGGGUCAGCCAUAGUAAUACGGCACCCCUGAAGCAAAUUAGGGUUACGUGCCUUGCUCAAGGGCAUAUUGACAAAUUUUCACCUUGUCGGCUCGGGUAUUCAAACCAGAGACCUUUCGGUUACUGGUCCCAAUGCUCUAACUGUGAGGCUACCUGCCACCCCAUUGGGUGAUUCUCAUGAAAGCAGUUUUGUCUAAAGCAAAAAUCAUCGAUCAUUCUGAGGACUAAGAUGUCUAGUUUUUGGCAAAGUGUCUUAUUUUAAAUACAUUUUACAUUUUCGCUGGAAUUUUGUGUAUUUUCAGGCCAAAUUCUCAUUACCGAAAUGUGUUCAAAUUAAAUGAUCUGGUAAUUGUAUAAUAUGUUAUUUUAGAAAACCUGAACGUAUUUGAAUAAACAUUUUUAUAUUAGUUGAAUUUUACAUUAAACUAUAAUUUGUAUUACGUACAAGCACGUGUCUCAUUACUGUGUCUCAUUACUUUAACACUUUUUCAAGUUCCUGUAAAAACUCCAAUCAGUUUUUAAAUAAAGUUUUAUUCACCAAUGAUGCAUCAUCUAGAGGAGUAGUAGAAUGUAUUUGUUUAUAUACCUUCAGAAUGAGGCUCUUAUUCUCAAACCCCCAUUUUACCCCACUUGGACUUCUCAUUAACCAAACAGCUAAAAAGCUCAAAUUGGGAAAAAGUCUGAUUUAAUUUUAUAGUUUCAUUUUAAAUAUUUUCAGUGUUAUGUUUAACUUAGGCCUUUUCAUUAAUUCAUUCAUUCAUUCAAAAUAUUAUACAUUGAUUUGUUUAUAACUUUUUUGAACUGUUACGGUAGUGAUCAUUUUGUGGAAAUGAUGGUAAAAUGCAUAUUAUUUUAUCCAAAAACAUAAUAAUAAUUAUAAAAUAGAUAGUACAGAUUCUAAUCUCAGUGAUCCAAGAGGACAUUUCGUGAAAAAUGACACAAGAAUGUUUUGGUCAAAUGUCAGUUUUGUGAGAAUAACCCUAUUGUUGUUAUGUUGUUAUAAGUCAAACAGGAAGUGAUGUAUUAGUGUCUCAGGGUCAUGUUCAUUAGGCAUCAAACGUAAGAAAACUGACUGAAACAGGGAGGGAUUGUGAAGUUGUCCAAUAAGAAAUGCUUUUUUUUUUUGCAUAAUGUUUUAAAACGUUUUCCAUUGCAUGUGGUAAUGAAUCCAACCCUGGUUCCAGCUUUGCCAGGCUGGAGGAUCUGCCGUCAGAGCAGUGGAACCACGCUACGGUGAGGAACGCCCUCAAAGAGCUACUGAAGGAGAUGAACCAGAGUUCCCUGGCCAAGGAGUGCCCCUCUCUCAGGUAGCAGCUUAUGUCAUGUCAUGCAAAUGAGUCUCUGGGUUAGGUUGUACUGCAUUGCAUUAGCCUUAUAGUGGUGUGGAAUCAUGUGCCAAGGAGUGCCCUCUCUCUCAGGUUGCAUCUUAUGUCAUGUCAUGUCAUGUCAUGUCAUGUUAUGCAUCUUAGUCUCUGGCUUAGGUUGUUUUUCAUUAGCUUCAGGAAGUGGUGUGCUGUUCUUACAUGCCGUUUAAAUGACACAUGACAUCCUGUAUACAGAUUCCAAAACAACAACGCAGAUCUGUUUUCUUCUGGAUUAAAGCGCUCCACAUUGAGCUAAAUUAGUGACUGAUUGUGUUGUGGUGCUCCAGUCCAUACAUUAUGUGACUGUGUUGUGGUGCUCCAGUCCAUACCGUAUGUGACUGGGUUGUGGUGCUCCAGCCCAUACCGUAUGUGACUGUGUUGUGGUGCUCCAGUCCAUACAGUAUGUCACUGUGUUGUGGUGCUCCAGCCCAUACCGUAUGUGACUGUGUUGUGGUGCUCCAGUCCAUACCGUAUGUGACUGUGUUGUGGUGCUCCAGUCCAUACCGUAUGUGACUGUGUUGUGGUGCUCCAGUCCAUACAUUAUGUGACUGUGUUGUGGUGCUCCAGCCCAUACCGUAUGUGACUGUGUUGUGGUGCUCCAGUCCAUACCGUAUGUGACUGUGUUGUGGUGCUCCAGCCCAUACCGUAUGUGACUGUGUUGUGGUGCUCCAGUCCAUACCGUAUGUGACUGUGUUGUGGUGCUCCAGUCCAUACCGUAUGUGACUGUGUUGUGGUGCUCCAGUCCAUACAUUAUGUGACUGUGUUGUGGUGCUCCAGCCCAUACCGUAUGUGACUGUGUUGUGGUGCUCCAGUCCAUACCGUAUGUGACUGUGUUGUGGUGCUCCAGCCCAUACCGUAUGUGACUGUGUUGUGGUGCUCCAGUCCAUACCGUAUGUGACUGUGUUGUGGUGCUCCAGUCCAUACCGUAUGUGACUGUGUUGUGGUGCUCCAGUCCAUACCGUAUGUGACUGGGUUGUGGUGCUCCAGCCCAUACCGUAUGUGACUGUGUUGUGGUGCUCCAGUCCAUACCGUAUGUGACUGUGUUGUGGUGCUCCAGUCCAUACAGUAUGUCACUGUGUUGUGGUGCUCCAGCCCAUACCGUAUGUGACUGUGUUGUGGUGCUCCAGUCCAUACCGUAUGUGACUGUGUUGUGGUGCUCCAGUCCAUACCGUAUGUGACUGUGUUGUGGUGCUCCAGUCCAUACAUUAUGUGACUGUGUUGUGGUGCUCCAGCCCAUACCGUAUGUGACUGUGUUGUGGUGCUCCAGUCCAUACCGUAUGUGACUGUGUUGUGGUGCUCCAGUCCAUACCGUAUGUGACUGUGUUGUGGUGCUCCAGUCCAUACCGUAUGUGACUGUGUUGUGGUGCUCCAGUCCAUACCGUAUGUGACUGUGUUGUGGUGCUCCAGUCCAUACCGUAUGUGACUGUGUUGUGGUGCUCCAGUCCAUACCGUAUGUGACUGUGUUGUGGCGCUCCAGCCCAUACAGUAUGUGGUCCUUAUAGGUCUAGUAUUGCACAGGACUGUGGGGAAUUGUACACAGUCACUAAAACACACACUCAUUAAAACACACACUUACUAAAACACACACUGCAUUCACCCUCUCUCUCUCUCUCUCUCUCUCUCUCUCUCGCUCUCUCUCUCUCUCAUCAGAGUAUGAUCUCUGCCAUAGUCAACAGCUCGUACUAUGCCAACGUGUCCACCUCCAAGUGCCAGGAGUUUGGCCGCUGGUACAAGAAGUACAAAAGGAUUCAAGGUGAGGUGUGUCCCCUCUUGGCUCCCGUAACCGUACACACCCCACAGGGACAAUACAAUGUCAUUAGCACCUUCCUCUAUGCCUCUCCUCUAUAACAUUGCCUGUCAUUGGUUGGGAUCCUAACUGUACGUCUCUCCCUCUAUAACAUUGCCUGUCAUUGGCUGGUAUCCUAACUGUAAUUCCUUGAGUUUACCCAAGUGUUGGGCCCUUCUUUCAGCAGACAGUUAUUAUUGGCUCUUGAGUAGUGUCGGCUCAAGCUUUUGGGGGCCUAAGGCAAGACUUGAUUGUGGGGGGCCACCUCCCGCGUUAAAGGAAAAAUCAGCUAAAAAACUAUAUUUUGGGACUGUACUAACAGUGGACUAAUGAAAACAAAACCAAAAGAUAGUUUUGGAGCUGAUUUGUCCUUUAAGGCCAUACACACAGUCUGCUUAUAGGGGAUACAGCACUGCUCUUGAGCAGGCCUCUGAGAUGUGGGUUAACUAAACUGCAAACCCCCCCCCCCCAGAGAACAUUAUGUUCUGCUGACCAGCAGGGACCACUGUGUUUGGGGAGCUAGACAGUUGCUUCAAUCCUGAGAUGACCCUAUACAGCAGUAACAGUACUGAUACUUAGGGGGGGGGGGGGUAGGGGCAUUAGACAUGGUAUUAGAUACAGCUCUGUAGAGACCAGAGACCCCACCAUGAUGCAUGGUAUUAGAGACAGCUCUAUAGAGACCCCACCAUGAUGCAUGGUAUUAGAGACAGCUCUAUAGAGACUAGAGACCCCACCAUGAUGCAUGGUAUUAGAGACAGCUCUAUAGAGACCCCACCAUGAUGCAUGGUAUUAGAGACAGCUCUAUAGAGACCCCACCAUGAUGCAUGGUAUUAGAGACAGCUCUAUAGAGACUAGAGACCCCACCAUGAUGCAUGGUAUUAGAGACAGCUCUAUAGAGACCCCACCAUGAUGCAUGGUUCACAUAAUCAUUUAAUGUCACCCUUAAUAUAGCAGAGAAAACCAAACACUGUCAGCCUCUAAUCAGAAGCAGCCGCCAGCCACUCCACACUGGGAGAUCCCUUUACACACACACGCAGGGGCAUGGGCACACACACACACACACACACACAAACACACACACACACAAACACACACACGCAACACAUACAGAGUGCAUGCACACACAUGGACGCACAAACACGACGAACACGACGCACACAUGCACUCACACACACACUCUUCGACCUCAUAGCAGACCAUGUACCCCCUCCUUUCUCCCUCCUCCCUGUUUAACGGUGUCAUUCCAACAUGGAGGCAGAUCAAAGUUGACACCAGACCACAAACACAGAGAGAAGUGGGAGAGUGAGAUAAAUGGUGCCUGUGGUCUGACAGGGAGGGAGAGAGGGAGGGAAGGAGGAGGGAGGAGGGAAUGAGGGAGGAGGGAGUGAGGGAGGGAGGGAAGGAAGGAAGGAAGGAAGGAAGGAAGGAAGGAAGGAAGGAAGGAAGGAAGGAAGGAAGGAAGGAAGGAAGGAAGGAAGGAAGGAAGGAAGGAAGGAAGGAAGGAAGGAAGGAAGGAAGGAAGGAAGGAAGGAAGGAAGGAAGGAAAGAAGAAGAAGAGAAGAAGAAAGAAGAAAGGAAGGAAGGAAGGAAGGAAGGAAGGAAGGAGAGGGAGGGAGGGAGGGAGGGAGGGAGGGAGGGAGGGAGGGAGGAGGGGAAAGGUCAGGUUCCCUACAGCCUAUAGUAUUAGUUUUGUUCUGUUCUGCUCUGCUGCCCCCACAGACAAACAGACUGUAGCCCUCCAGAUGUGGUAAAACUGGGAAUGGGAAGUUCCCAUUGGAUUAGUGUAGUUACCUCAGAAUCUGAUUGGAGGAUCUACUUGUCAGUCUUAGGACCUUCUGUUGAUGUCAUUUGCAUGGAUGUAUGGAUGGAUAAAUGGAUGGAUAAAGGAUGGAUGUUGUUCAAUGUGUAGCCUACCUACUGUACCGUAUAGCAUAGUGUUGUUAACCAGUCUGAUAUAUAGCAUGUGACUUCACUACAGGUGAAUACCUGGAGAAGAUGUGGUCAGGACGGGAUAAACCUAACAUUAAAGGUGAGUUGGAAGGAACGUCCAUUACCUGAACAUCUAUAUAGUACCUGAACAGUAUAUAGAUGGUAUUGGGAGCUUUUCAGACCUCCUCUCACCACCAUGUCAUCUCCAGUAUAUAGAUGGUAUUGGGAGCUCUUCAGACCUCCUCUCACCACCAUGUCAUCUCCAGUAUAUAGAUGGUAUUGGGAGCUCUUCAGACCUCCUCUCACCACCAUGUCAUCUCCAGUAUAUAGAUGGUAUUGGGAGCUCUUCAGACCUCCUCUCACCACCAUGUCAUCUCCAGUAUAUAGAUGGUAUUGGGAGCUCUUCAGACCUCCUCUCACCACCAUGUCUGUUUGUUUGUGUGUAUCUGCAGUGGAGAGGGACAGCAUGUCAGACGUCUGUGUCCUUGGACAGCGCCCCCUCUCUCACCUGACCCCACCAACCCAGCUUGGAGGGUUACCCCUCAAGGUUGGACUAGGGGACCCCCAAACCCCCAGCCAGCAACAGGCCCUCCCCCACCCGUCUCAGCAGCACUCACCCCACAGACAGCACCACCACAGCCCCCCGCCCAGAGGCCAGCCGCCCCCUCCCGGUCCUCCGGCCUCCCUCCAACCCUUACUGGGCCCGGGCGGUCUCCUCUCUCCCCAGCUCAGCCCUCAGCUGGUCAGGCAACAACUGGCCAUGGCCCACCUCAUCAACCAGCAGCUAGCCGUUAGCCGCCUGCUAGCCCACCAGCACAGUCCGCAGGCCCUCCACCAGCAGCAGCACCAACAGUUCCUCAACCACCCACCCAUCCCACGCUCUUGCAAAGCCCCAGGAGGCCUCACUGAUCCCGGGAUGAAUCCGUCGGCCGUGGAGGUCUGUCCGGACAUCUACCAUCAGGUCAGAGAGGAGCUGAAGAGGGCCAGCGUCUCUCAGGCUGUGUUCGCCAGGGUGGCCUUCAACCGCACACAGGUGAGACAUCUACCUCCACUUCUACUUCCAUUACUAACCACUCCUGAGACCACCACUUAAGUCCAAUUUUCACUUAAUCUCCCAUUGACAUCAAUGCAUCAAUGAUUCGCCCCUAUAACUGGAAGGAGUGGCUGUGGUUCUGACUUUUUCGGGAUCUUUAGUCCACGGCACUAAGAUCCGGAGCCCCCGAAGCUUCUGCACAGAGAUCAGGCUACUCAGGCCAAUGGUUUUGGUGUUGUUUAAUAAAGUUAGAUCAAAGCUGAAUCAAUGUCUGCCAGAUCACAUAAGGAUCACAGUAUUCUACAUAACACAACCCAAUAUAAUAGCAUAGUAUAACUUUACUCAACAACGUGCCACUAGGCAAAAUACACAGGUAGUCUAUGCUGCAGUUAGUUAACACCAUCUGCUCUAAGAUCCGUUCACUCCGUCAUUCAACACAACACUGUAGGCUACUUCAAAACAACACUGUAUAACUCAAGAAGAUCUAAAUGCAUAUCCCCAUAAACUGACUGAGAUCAAAUGGUUACUAUGCAGAAUGAUGCUGCAUGGAUGUUUCACUGGUAAAACUUGAACAAUUAUCAUGCACGAUUGAAUACGGUGUUGUUUUGUCUUCCAGUAACGUUACACUAUGCUAUUAUAUUGAGUUCUGUAAUGUAGAAUACUGUGAUCAUUAUGGGAUCUUGGAGACAUUGAUUCAGCUUUGAUCUAACUUUAUUAAACAAGCACCAUUCGCCAGAGUAGCUGAUACACACAUGUGGUCUGCACAUGCGCAGAAGCUUCGGGAAGCUCUGGAUCUUUGAGUCCAGCGGACUAAAGAUCCCGAAAAAGUCGGAUCCACAGCCACGGCCAGAACUGUAACCACUGUAGCUUUUGAAGGGUCUCAGAGUUGGUUGUGCUAUGUGUAUAACACAUAGCACAACUACUAUGAACAACUAACAAUAGACAGAUUGUAACUGUAAACAGUAAACACACAAGUUACAAUAGUAACAUCAACUCACUUCUGUCCACACACUCCAUCAGACACAUCCACUUGGAGAAAGGUGGCUGUGACCUGAGCAGGCAAGAGUACUGUCAGGAGUCCGCCCGCUAGCAACCACCUGACCCUAGCAACCUAUCAGUGGCCUGGUCACAGAGGUUGCUGGGAAUUUGGGGACGCAGUUUGGGGACCCCCUAGUCUCUCUGGCACCGUUGGGGAAUGGAUGUAGUGAGCUGCAUGAAGUGAUAAGACUCAUAGGCAGGGGAAUCCGUAACACCUUUUGUAUAUCAGCAGUUGUCACAAAGUGCUUUUAAAGUAAUCCCAUAUAAUAUCAUAUUGAACAUCGAAUUAUAGGAUUGUCCUCCCGAGUGGCGCAGUGGUCUAAGGCACUGCAUCGCAGUGCUAGCUGUGCCACUAGAGAUCCUGGUUCGAAUCCAGGCUCUGUUGUAGCCGGCCGCGACCGGGAGACCCAUGGGGCGGCGCACAAUUGGCCCAGCGUUGUCCAGGGUAGGGGAGGGAAUGGCCGGCAGGGGAUGUUGGUAGAGCAUGGCGUUUGCAACACCAGGGUUGUGGGUUCGAUUCCCACGGGGGGGGCCAGUAUGAAAAAAUUAAAAAAUAUAUAAUGUAUGCACUCACUAACUGUAAGUCGCUCUGGAUAAGAGCGUCUGCUAAAUGACUAAAAUGUAAAUGUAAAUUAGGGAUCUGCCUAAAACCCUAGCAUGUAAUAUGAGUGUUCUGAAAGCUGACUAUAACUCCUUUUCACUGAUACUGACUGUUGAGAAAUACACUGACAUAGGGACAUUCUUACCUAAAGAGAGUAGAGUAGAGUAGUGUAGAGUAGUGUAGUGUAGUAAUACAGUAAUAGGGUGAAGACAAGAGGCCAGCUGACUGCCCUCAUUCUACUGGAGUCUGAACAGGGAACAGAUGAAAACCCUUCCUUUAUAUUCUUCAAUGGAGCAAGUUUUCAUCAUCUCACGCUAACAAGGCCAGCACUCGCGCUCCUGCACUCAACAUUGGUGUGUGAGAGAGAGAGAGAGAGAGAGAGAGAGAGGCAAUGAGAGAAUUAGAGUAUGAAAGGGUACUUGGAGGAUCCUUGCUAAGAGACCUGACGUUUGCGCGCAUGUUUGUGUCUUAGGGCCUGCUGUCUGAGAUCCUUCGUAAAGAGGAGGACCCUCGCCAGGCCUCCCAGUCACUCCUGGUCAACCUCAAAGCUAUGCAGAACUUCCUGAUCCUCCACGAGAGUGAACGCGACCGCAUUUACCAGGAGGAGCGUGAACGCAGCAUGAACCCCAACCUCAACCUAGGCAACCUGGCCCCAACCAAUCAGAACUCCAGCUCCACUGGCCAGCGACUCAUUCAGGUACACAUACCCAGGUGUCCUCAUUUUACGUUGAAUAGGAGCACUAGGGAACAGCCACAUCAGACACACACAUCUACAACCACACCUGGCUUUAAAUAGUAUUUCUAUUUUCUCCUACAUGAAGUGCCAGGGUGGGUGGGGUUUGCACUUUUGGGACUAUUGCAUUGGUUCCAUUGCGUUAGGAAAUCUCAAUGAAGUGAAGCUUUAGAAUUUGAAGGAAAACAAAUACUAUUCGAGCCCGGGUCUGGCUACAACCCACCGCACACCAGAGAACACAGGCCUGUGUCACUGUAGUUACAUCACACACAGACCACUCCUGCCAGCACACACACAGGUAAUCUCUUUAGGGACUCAGUAACCUAGGUGAUUAGCCAGUCUUGCUCACUAACAACUCUCUCUUUAUUUCUCUCUCCCCCCCCCCCCCCCCCUCCUCCCUGCAGCCCAAGCCCCCCCUGGCCCAGGUCAGUGAUGAGCUGCCCCUGAAGCAGGAGUCCCUGAUCAACAUCACCUCAGGGAUCUAUGAUGAGAUCCAGCAGGAGAUGAAGAGAGCCAAGGUGUCCCAGGCCCUGUUCGCCAAGGUGGCCGCCAACAAGAGCCAGGUCAGUCUACACCCACAUACAGUAUACCAGGGCUCACCAACAAGAGCCAGGUCAGUCUACACCCACAUACAGUAUACCAGGGGUCACCAACAAGAGCCAGGUCAGUCUACACACAUACAGUAUACCAGGGGUCACCAACAAGAGCCAGGUCAGUCUACACACAUACAGUAUACCAGGGGUCACCAACAAGAGCCAGGUCAGUCUACACCCACAUACAGUAUACCAGGGGUCACCAACAAGAGCCAGGUCAGUCUACACACAUACAGUAUACCAGGGGUCACCAACAAGAGCCAGGUCAGUCUACACACAUAGAGUAUACCAGGGGUCACCAACAAGAGCCAGGUCAGUCUACACACAUACAGUAUACCAGGGGUCACCAACAAGAGCCAGGUCAGUCUACACACAUAGAGUAUACUGUAUAUAAGUAUAUCAUACCAAUACUAUACUCUAGUUCAAGUGAGAGGUGCUUAGUGGUGUUUUGUUUGAAGCGACCUAGCUAAAGGUGAAUCCUGACAUCCAGUGAUCAGGAUGCUUAGUAAAAUGUGUAAUUAUCUGUAAACAUCCGUAACACACACACACACUCAUGUGCAUGCCCACACAUGCAAACAAUGCACACACACUCCCACACAAUGGAGAAUGUUAUUUCUACUGGGUUGAUGAACUGUGGUGGAUUUGAUGGGGGAUAAGAUCACAUAUCGGGGUAUGUGGGUGGGGAUGUCAAGCAUGCAGUGUCUGGUUGGUACCACAGGCUGUGGUAUCUGAUUGUCAGCGCCUGUGGCACCAUCAUGUGGGCGUCCGGGGCCGGGUAGAGAUAAAAGGAACGUCUGGCACGCCAGCCAAAGGAGCUGGCUUACGUGUGUGUGCUUACUGUAUGUGUGUGUAUCCUGGGUUACGGCUGUGGUUCUCAACAAAUACACUCCAAAUGCCUACCAUCCUGAGUCCUCCUCGUGUGUUUAUGUUAGGGGGACAGAGCAUGUCGGGAUGUGGUGGCACAUGACGGAGAGGGAUCCACUGGAGAUAGCCUGCUAGGAGAAGGGUGGCUUGGGAUAUGUUAUGAUGUCUGUGUAAAGCUCAUCAGAAUCCGUCCUCACGGUUUGGGUUAGUGUCAGAGACAGACAUCUUUGGUUCACUGUCUAUGUGUGACUGGUAUUUGAUAAGAGAGAAUGGUUUGACCUGUGAAGUCUUGUGGUCUGAGGGUUGUACAUAGAGAUCACAUGAUCACGGCUGGUCUGAGGGUUGUACAUAGAGAUCACAUGAUCACGGCUGGUCUGAGGGUUGUACAUAGAGAUCACAUGAUCACGGCUGGUCUAAGGGUUGUUCAUAGAGAUCACAUGAUCACGGCUGGUUUGAGGGUUGUACAUAGAGAUCACAUGAUCACGGCUGGUCUGAGGGUUGUACAUAGAGAUCACAUGAUCACGGCUGGUCUGAGGGUUGUUCAUAGAGAUCACAUGAUCACGGCUGGUCUGAGGGUUGUACAUAGAGAUCACAUGAUCACGGCUGGUCUGAUGGUUGUACAUAGAGAUCACAUGAUCAAGGCAGGAAUAAGUUGUGAGGAUUCUUGAGGAAGACAUAAAUAGACUGCUGUUGUUCUGGGGUGGUUUCGCGCCCGCUAGUCUGGUCUGCGUAUACACAUGUGAGAUACAUGCUUGUGUGUCUCUGUGUGUGUGCCACUGCUGGUUUGAGGGUAGGGUCUCCUACAGGCCUGGCUCUCAGUGAGGGGUCAUGGCUCAGUGACCCCAUCUGGCUAUGGCCCUCUCCGGAGAGAUGGAUGGAGGGAGGGAGGUAGAGAGGGAGCACUGAGGUUCUGGAGGAGGCUGUGUACAAACAACAGCUGGUGUCAGUGCCUGAGCCAGUCUAGCGGAGAUAAUCAGAUCUCUCUCUCUCUCCCUCUCAGCCCCACAUCAUUUUCAUCUGGAACUUGUCUUCAGCUCGUUCACCCCAUCCUCUUCUUUCAUGUCUCUACUCCUCUACAUCUCCUUGUCCUUUCUCCCUUUACCCCCCAUCACUCUAAUGCUAUAUGUUUAAAUGACCAACAAACUUUCUCUCUCGCGUCAUCCCUCCCUCUCUGUUAGGGCUGGCUGUGUGAGCUGCUGCGUUGGAAGGAGAACCCCAGCCCGGAUAACCGGACUCUGUGGGAGAACCUGUGUACCAUUAGAAGGUUCCUGACCCUGUCCCAGGCUGAGAGGGACAUGGUGUAUGAAGAGGAGUCCAAGCACCACUACAGUGAGAGGCUCCACACUAUCCUCCACACGUCUCCAGAAACACAGGUGAGAGGCUCCAGCAUCCUCCACAUGUCUCCAGAAACACAGGUGAGAGGCUCCAGCAUCCUCCACAUGUCUCCAGAAACACAGGUGAGAGGCUCCAGCAUCCUCCACAUGUCUCCAGAACCACAGGUGAGAGGCUCCAGCAUCCUCCACAUGUCUCCAGAAACACAGGUGAGAGGCUCCAGCAUCCUCCACAUGUCUCCAGAACCACAGGUGAGAGGCUCCAGCAUCCUCCACAUGUCUCCAGAACCACAGGUGAGAGGCUCCAGCAUCCUCCACAUGUCUCCAGAAACACAGGUGAGAGGCUCCAGCAUCCUCCACAUGUCUCCAGAACCACAGGUGAGAGGCUCCAGCAUCCUCCACAUGUCUCCAGAAACACAGGUGAGAGGCUCCAGCAUCCUCCACAUGUCUCCAGAAACACAGGUGAGAGGCUCCAGCAUCCUCCACGUGUCUCCAGAACCACAGGUGAGAGGCCCGAGGGGAGAGGGGUCACUCCUGGCAAGUAUCUCACCGGUAUACGCCUUGGACGCUCCCCCCCCCCCCCCCCCCCCCACAAAUUACUUAUUGGACACAAUUGCAGCUGAAGCUACAAUCAUAGAGUGUGCCCACAAAAAGCAAAGGAAUCUUCGCCUCAGUCCCUCAAAACAAUUACAGACAGAUGUGAAAGACUCACAGUUAACCAGAAAUAAAAGUUGAUGAAGUGUGCCUUUCAGUUUCGUGAUAAGCUUGUUGUAUGUUGUAAGGAUACUUCCCUGAGAGGGCCUAAACAAUUCCAUCUCUAAAUUCAGACAACAAUCUAUUUCCUUCUACUCUCUCUCUCUCUCUCUCUCUCUCUCUCUCUCUCUCUCUCUCUCCUCUCUCUCUCUCUCUCCUCUCUCUCUCUCUCUCUCUCUCUCUCGUUCGUUCGUUGAGUACAGGAUUGGACCAAGGUGCAGCGUGGUAUGCGUACAUGUUAGUUUAUUAAAUAAACACUGAACAAAACAACAAAAGCAAUGUAACGUGAAGUUCUAAAGGCUAACAUCAAACAAGCCAAACACACAGAAACAAGAUCCCACAACAUAGGUAGGCAACAUGGCUGCCUAAGUCUGAUCCCCAAUCAGAGACAACGAUCGACAGCUGCCUCUGAUUGGGAACCACACCCGGCCAACAUAGAUAUACAAACAUAGAAUGUACACCCUGACCAAACCAACAAGAAACAACAGGCAUUAAAGGGCAUGACACUCUCUCUCUCUAGCUCUCUCUCUCUAUCUCUCAAUUCAAUUCAAUUCAAUUUAAGGGCUUUAUUAGCAUGGGAAACGUGUGUUAACAUUGCCAAAGCAAGUGAAGUAGUUAGUAAACAAAAGUGAAAUAAACAAUAAAUAUUAACAGUAAACAUUACACUCAGAAGUUCGAAAAGAAUAAAGACAUUUAAAAUGUCAUAUUAUGUAUAUAUACAGUGUUGUAACAAUGUGCAAAUAGUUAAAGUACAAAUGGGAAAAUAAAAAAACAUAAUUAUGGGUUGUAUUUACAAUGGUGUUUGUUCUUCACUGGUUGCCUUUUUCUUGUGGCAACGGGUCACAAAUAUUGCUGCUGUGAUGGCACACUGUGGUAUUUCACCCAGUAGAUAAGGGAGUUUAUCAAAAUUGGGUUUGUUUUCGAAUUCUUUGUGGAUCUGUGUAAUCUGAGGGAAGUAUGUUUCUCUAAUAUGGUCAUACAUUUGGCAGGAGGUCAGGAAGUGCAGCUCAGUUUCCACCUCAUUUUGUGGGCAGUGUGCACAUAGCCUGUCUUCUCUUGAGAGCCAGGUCUGCCUACGGCGGCCUUUCUCAAUAGCAAGGCUAUGCUCACUGAGUCUGUACAUAGUCAAAGCUUUCCUUAAGUUUGAAUCAGUCACAGUGGUCAGGUAUUCUGCCACUGUGUACUCUCUGUUUAGGGCCAAAUAGCAUUCUAGUUUGCUCAGUUUUUUUGUUAAUUCUUUCCAAUGUGUCAAGUAAUUCUCUUUUUGUUUUCUCAUGAUUUGGUUGGGUCUAAUUGUGUUGCUGUCCUGAGGCUCUGAGGGGUCUGUUUGUGUUUGUGAACAGAACCCCAGGACCAGCUUGCUUAGGGGACUCUUCUUCAGGUUCAUCUCUCUGUAGGUGAUGGCUUUGUUAUGGAAGGUUUGGGAAUCGCUUCCUUUUAGGUGGUUGUAGAAUUUAACGGCUCUUUUCUGGAUUUUGAUAAUUAGCGGGUAUCGGCCUAAUUCUGCUCUGCAUGCAUUAUUUGGUGUUAUUCGUUGUGGUUUACCCAUACACCUCCAUUUUGGAUAGAUAGCUCUUCAUGUUGUUGUUUGUUUAGUGUUUUCCAAUUUUCCCAGAAGUGGUUAGAGUCUAUGGAUUCUUCAAUUACAUUGAGCUGAUUUCUGACAUGCUGUUCCUUCUUUUUCCGUAGUGAAUUUCUGUAUUGUUUUAGUGAUUCACCAUAGUGAAGGCGUAGGCUCAGGUUUUCUGGGUCUCUAUGUUUUUGGUUGGAUAGGUUUCUCAAUUUCUUUCUUAGGUUUUUACAUUCUUCAUCAAACCAUUUGUCAUUGUUGUUACUUUUCUUCGGUUUUCUGUUAGAGAUUUUUUAGAUUUGAUAUGGAAGCUGAGAGGUCAAAUAUACUGUUUAGGUUUUCUACUGCCAAGUUUACACCUUCACUAUUACAGUGGAACGUUUUGUCCAGGAAGUUGUCUAAAAGGGAUUGAAUUUGUUGUUGCCUAAUUGUUUUUUGGUAUGUUUCGACACUACUUUCCUUCCAUCUAUAGCAUUUCUUAAUAUUAUUCAGUUCCUUUGGUUUUGAUGCCUCAUGAUUAAGUAUUGCUCUGUUCAAGUAGACUGUGAUUUUGCUGUGGUCUGAUAGGGGUGUCAUUGGGCUGACUGUGAACGCUCUGAGAGACUCUGGGUUGAGGUCAGUGAUAAAGUAGUCUACAGUACUACUGCCAAGAGAUGAGCUAUAGGUGUACCUACCAUAGGAGUCCCCUCGA